AUGGAUUCAGAUGAAGAAGAUGAUCUAUUUUUAUCAGAGUUUAUUGAAAGUCAAAUGAAUGAAGCUGAGAAAGCCGAAAAAAGGGACAAAUUCUAUAAUGAUGAGUACAUUUACAGUUUCUUCACUUAUCAAUUACCUAAAUUUGAUAAUUAUACCAUACUUGAAAUUCUUAAAGAUAUGCCCAUUGAAACAUUUCUUUUAUUACAACUGACUACUAAUGAUAAAUUCAUUAAACAACUUAAACUUAAAGAUAUAAAUCCAAAGCCAUUAGAAUAUUCAACUUUUUGGCAUAAUGAUUUUUCUGGAGCUUGUAUUCGUGAAAUUGAUAAUUGUCAAAACACCAUAAUUAAUUGCAUGAACUAUAAUAAAACUCUAGGUCAUUACAUACCUAUUAAUUUCAGUAUCCAUCAGGAUGGUCAGCAACAAAUUUGUUUACCUGAAUUUCUUGAAGAUUUAUUAGACAAUAAUAAUUAUUUUGAAUUGGAAUUGCAAAUUAGGGGUUUUAAUUUUACUCCAUUAUUGAAAUCUCUUGAAACGUUUAGAUUUGGUCAUAGAGUUACUCAAAUUGUAUUUUGUCCCUAUAAAACACAGAGAGAAUCAGAUGUGACAAAAUUAGAUAUAGAUUUUUCCAACUAUAUAAAACUAAAUAUGUUUUAUGCCUGGAUGAAACAAACUUUAACAAUUAACUUACCACCAUCUUCCAUUCAAAGUUUAACUUCUUUAACCCUUGCUAAUAUUUAUGAUCCAAAUUGUCUUAUUAAAUUAGAUAAUUUAAAAACUCUUCAAAUGAUGAUAAAAGAAGAGGUAGAAUUUGACAUCAAAUAUUUACCACGAAAUUUAAAAGAAUUAAGUUUAUUAUGUAAUAAUGGGAUUAUUAAUAUUAAUUCGGAAAAUGAUUGGCCUCAAAAUUUAGAACAAUUAAAGUUACAGGAUGUACACUUUCUUGGAUUCCCCUUCGAGAAAUUUCAACAUUAUAAACUACCUCCAAAUUUGAAAAAGUUAUCGGCUGAUGUUCAUGUAUAUCUUGAUAUGUUUACUCAAUUACCUGAUUUAUUAUCAAACUUAGAAAUUUCUUUAGGUCCUAGAGCGUUUGCCACUGAAAAUAUUCUAAAAGUUCCUCUUGGACUUAAAGACUUACAAAUUUCCAAUUGGUAUCUGAUAAGUUCUAGUGAUACAAUUGAAUUUGAAAGUGCUUUGGAAAAAUUGAUCUUAACAAAUAUUUCUUUCCCAUUACCUCAAUUAAAUUUCCAAACAUUAAAACAUUCCUUAAGAGAUUUAGACAUAAGCAAAUAUCAACAUGAAAUUUCAUUAUAUCAUAUGAAUUUCAGUCAAUUUACAAGCUUGGAAACUAUAAUUAUAUCAUCUUCCACUUUUGAAAGUUUGGAAAAUUUCAAACCAUCACCAAGUAUUACAUAUAUUGAAAUUCAUAAAUGUCACAUACGAUCAAUCACAGAUGAGUGUCUCUUAUUUAAUUCUCCAUUGGACUUUCCAAAAUUAACCGAGAUAUCAUUUAUCGAGUGUGAUAUCAGCUACAUAAGUCCAAACAUCAAAUUACCAAUCAAUUUAAAGAGUUUUAAAAUUCAUGAUAACACUGUUAAAGGUUUUUCAUUAACGAAUUCUAUGAUUUAUCAUCCAACUUUAGAGUAUUUGACUGUGGGAGUUAUAAAAUUAUCAAAAUUAAUACCAGAUGACUUAAAACCGUUGGAUGUUUAUUUCAAAUCAAAACUCAAAACAUUUUCAAUUGAGUAUAUUAGUUGUUCACAAAUGAAUCUUGAUCAAUUUUGUCAUGCUUUGGAACAAGUAUUUAGAAGGAAGAUUCUUCGUAAACAUCAAUUUGAUUAUAAGCUAUAUUCCAAAGUUGAUUUGGUUUUUGUUCAUCAAUAG